AUGGCAGAACCAUCCACCGCCGAAACCACCUCCGCCAGCGAUGCUCAUCCGCCGGCGCCGGCGCCGGCUUCCUCGUCGCUCAACGUCGUCGGAUUAACGAGCGACGAGAACAAGAAGCCUUCUCCCAAGUUCUUGGACGAGCCUGAAGACUCCAACAUCCAAGCGGUUUCGUCCGGCGACACUCCGUACACGUCAGCUACCACCUUCGAAGAAUUGAAUCUCUCACCGGAGCUUUUGAAGGGACUCUACGUGGAGAUGAAGUUCCAGAAACCUAGUAAGAUCCAAGCCGUAACCUUGCCUAUGAUCUUGAAUCCUCCGAAUAGGGAUUUGAUCGUACACGCGCAUAACGGUUCCGGAAAAACCACGUGUUUCCUUCUUGGUAUGCUUAGUCGAGUUGAUCCAAAGUUGCAGGCUCCUCAAGCUUUCUGCAUUUGCCCAACCAGGGAGUUGGCUAUUCAGAAUACUGAAGUUCUCCGAAAGAUGGGAAAGUACACGGGGAUUAGCUCAGAAUGUGCUAUACCAGCAGACAGUAGGGAUGCUUUGCCGAUAGCGAAACGGGCACCGAUUAUGGCUCAAGUGGUUAUUGGGACCCCUGGCACGAUUAAUAAGUGGAUGAAUUAUAAGAAACUUGGGGUGACAAGGUUGAAGAUUCUUGUUUUUGAUGAGGCUGAUCAAAUGCUUGCUAAGGAUGGAUUUAAAGAUGAUUCCCUGAGGAUAAUGAAAGGAAUAGAAAAAUUCAAUUCUAACUGUCAG